UGAACCUAGUUACUGCAAUAUGUAGUUCCAUAUUAUGAUAUUUUUACUGCAAAAAAAGUCCACAUUGAUAGCAAUAGCUCGUUUUACCGAACUGUUAUUGUAGGAAAUUAAAAAAAAUUUGUGUAGUAUAAUAGUGCUAUAUAAACGCGAUGACAGUGUUUCAUUAAGCGGGAACCCAAAAUUAGCUUUUCCGCGUACACACUUAGUAAAAAUCAUUAAUCAACUCACUUUACCUCUCUCUAAUCGUGUUUUCCCUCUAUCUUCCCUAAUUUUCUCCUCUUUCUCACAUAACCCUAGCUAAAAUUUAUCGAGCUCCAUUCUACACCUCUAAACACUGUUCCGCCUCUCCCAUCCGCCAAUUAAAGCUCCGUCAUCCACCAUUCCGAGACCAUUUCCGUUGCUGAAGGUAUCGAAGGUCGCCAUUACGCCAUUUCUGUCGAUAGUUAAUUUCCUGAUUUGAUUUCCUGUUUUCAUUUCAUAUUUGCUUAGAUUUCAUCUUUCGUUUGAUUUCCUUUAACUAGGAUUGUUGUUUUAUCAAUUUCGAUUUAGACUUUAAGGAUUCGAUUUGCGAAAUAAAAUUUAUUUGCAUGUCUUCGUUUUCGUUUUAGUUUUAUCAGCUCGAUUACUUGUUACUUAUUCGAAUAAUUUACUGAUUCUGUGUUGUGUCAUUGUGUUGUGUGAUUCUGUAGUAUUUGAUUGAAGAUCUAUCGUUUUUGUAGUCAUUGUGUCAGUGUGUUGUGUGAUUCUGUAGUUUGUUCAGAAUAAUAUAUCGAGUAGAAGAGAUGCCUCUUAUGUGUCCUGUGUCAUUUGUUCAGAAUCGUAGUAGAUUUGCGUUUUAUCUAAUGUAAUUUUUUAUUAUUUGUGCUCGUUUUAGCAAUGAAUUCGAGGAUAAGUUAUGUGCUUCAUCUAAUGUCAUUUUAUUAUGUUAUUUGUUCUGACUCUGAGUGCUUUUACUAUGAAAUCGAGGACAAGUUCUGAGUAUUCUGAGUGAUUAUACUAUUACUCUGAUGACUCUGAUGACAAUUUGUCAAAAAUUGUUACUGAAGUUUCAGUUUUGGUUUAGAAUAUAUAAUGGUGGACAAGGCAUGGGUUCAUCUUAGCAGAGUUGAUCCUGCGUAUGAGAGAGGGGCUUCAGAGUUUGUACGAGAUGUGGCUGCAGGUCUGGGAGGGACUGAUAUGAUUGUAUGUCCCCUGCAUUGACUGCCGUAAUAUAGAUCGUCACUCAGGAGUUGUGGUAGUUGAUCAUCUAGUUACUGGGGGAAUGGAGGAGUCUUACAAGAAGCGGCCUGAUUGGUAUCUACAUGGAGAAUUGGACUCAAGAGUUGAAUCUGAAAGCAACACAAGUCAGUGGAAUGAUGAUAUCUUCGGGUUAUACAGAGCCGCUGAGUGUUUUGAUGAAGAUUUAGCUGGUACUGGGGAGUUAUCUGAGAUGGCAGAGGGAGACGACAAGAAAGAGGAUGAAUUCCUGGCAAAGAUAGCUGAAGCCGAAACCCCAUUGUAUCUGAGCUGUGCAUCACACAACAAGUUAUCUGCCAUUGUUUCUUUAAUCAGACUGAAGACACAAAAUGGGUGGUCUGACAAGAGCUUCAACGAUCUGCUUGAGACCUUACCAGAGAUGUUUCCAGAGGAUAAUGUGCUCCACACUUCGCUGUAUGAGGUGAAGAAAUUUCUGAAAUCUUUUGAUAUGGGUUACGAGAAGAUUCACGCAUGCGUCAAUGACUGCUGUCUAUUCCGAAAGAGGUACAAGAAGCUUGAGAAGUGUCCAAAAUGCAAGGCUUCAAGAUGGAAGACCAAUAUGCACACUGGUGAGAAGAAGAAAGAUGUCCCACAGAAAGUAUUACAUUACUUUCCCAUCAUACCAAGAUUGAAGAGGAUGUUCCGGUCUGAGCAAAUGGCAAAGGAUUUGAGGUGGUACUUCACCAACAAAAGCACAGAUGGAAAACUUUGGCACCCUGUUGAUUCAGUGACAUGGGAUCAGGUGAAUGCAAAACACCCGGCCUUUGCAGCAGAAGAAAGGAACCUGAGGCUUGGUCUUUCAACUGACGGAUUUAAUCCCUUCAAUAUGAAGAAUUCGAUGUACAGUUGCUGGUCUGUUUUGCUAGUGAACUAUAACUUGCUGCCUGACCUAUGCAUGAAGAAGGAGAACAUCUUGCUUUCGUUGUUGAUUCCUGGUCCACAACAGCCUGGUAAUAGCAUCGAUGUGUACUUAGAACCCCUCAUCGACGAUUUAAACCAUCUGUGGAGCAGUGGAGAGGUAACCUACGAUGCUGUAACUUGUUGUACUUUUAAUCUUAAUGCAAUGCUGCCUUGGACGAUCAGUGAUUUCCCAGCUUAUGAGAAUCUUGCAGGCUGUAAAGUCAAGGGGAAAAUGGGGUGUCCGUUAUGUGGAAAGAAGACAGAUAGUAUGUGGCUAAAGUUCAGCAGAAAACAUGUCUACAUGUGCCAUAGAAAGGGUCUGCCACCAACUCAUAGUUUUAGAGGAAAGAAGAAGUGGUUUGAUGGAAAAGCUGAACAAGGGAGAAGGGGUAGAAUACUAACAGGUCGUGAAAUUUCUCAAAAUCUGAGAAACUUCAACAAUGACUUUGGAAAUUUUAAGAGAUCUGCAAGUAAGAGGAAAAGGAUUCAGAGUACUGAUUUAAGCUCUGAUGUUGAGGCUUUAUCUAGUGAAUCAGAGGAAGAAGAAGAGGAAGAGGAAGAGGAAGAGGAAGAGGAAGAAGUUCAAGUCGAUGAAGAUGAGUUAUCUCGGUGGAAGAAGAGAUCAAUCUUCUUCAGGCUACCAUACUGGGAGGAACUUCCGAUGAGACACAACUUGGAUGCCAUACAUGUGGAGAGGAAUGUGGCUGCGAGUUUAGUUUCCACAUUGUUGCACUCUGGAAAAUCUAAGGAUGGUCUUGCUGCUCGUAAAGAUCUGGAGGAAUUUGGUAUUAGGCAGGAGUUGCACCCUAAAAUCCAAGGAAAACGAACAUAUCUUCCUCCAGCACUAUGGUCUUUGUCGAAGGCAGAGAAGAAGAUCUUUUGCAGGCGACUAUUUGACUUCAAAGGGCCAGAUGGAUAUUGCUCAAACAUUUCAAGAGGUGUUUCACUAGAUGACUGUAAAGUAUCAGGUUUGAAAUCCCAUGACUAUCAUGUUUUAAUGCAGCAACUUCUUCUGAUUGCGCUUAAAGGAUCGUUACCUAAAGGACCUAGGCUAGCCAUUUUGAGGCUGUGCGCAUUCUUCAAUAUGCUGUGUCAGAGAGUGAUUGAUAGGGAGAAGCUAUUGGUUAUGGAAGCUGAGAUUGUUGAGACUCUAUGCUUGUUUGAAAGAUUUUUCCCUCCAAGCUUCUUUGAUAUCAUGGUCCAUUUGACUGUGCACCUAGGAAGGGAAGCCCGCCUUGGUGGACCAGUCCAAUUUAGAUGGAUGUACCCAUUUGAAAGGUACAUAAAAGUCCUCAAAGACUUUGUGAGAAAUCCUGCAAGACCUGAGGGGUGCAUCGCUGAGUCGUAUUUAGCUGAAGAAUGUAUCGGGUUUUGCAAUGAAUUUUUUAAGAAGACAACAGACGUAGAAGAAAAAAUAGACAGAAACACAGAGUAUGAGAACAAUUCCAUCUUAGAGGGUCGUCCAAUAUCCACAGGCACUCCAAUUACUCUGACUGAAAUGGAAAAGAAAGUAGCACAUCUUGCUAUCAUCCAAAACAUGGCUUUCGUGAACCAUACGUAGAUGAGCAUCUACAGUAUUUACAAGACACAUGUGAAAAAUGUCGGCGAGAUGCAUCAACCUUAUCAAGUAUGCACACAAAGAAUUUCGCAACUUGGCUAAAAGAACAGGUGCCUCUUGAUUCUACAGAGCAUGAAGAAACACUUAAGUGGAUAACUUAUGGUCCAUGUUGUUCUGCAAGGUCUUAUACAUGAUUCAUAGUUAAUGGGCAGGGGUUUCACACAACGUCAAUUGAUAGGAGAAGUCAGAAUAGUGGGGUUUAUUAUGAGGCUACAGCAGUCUGUAGAUCUAGUGCCAAAGAUAUAUCACAGGUCGUCGAUCUGGUUUCUUUUUACGGCAGAGUAACUGACAUCAUUUUGCUGGAUUAUAAAGUCUUCUAUGUCCCUCUGUUCCGGUGUGAAUGGGCAGUAAAGGGUAAUGGAGUGAAGAUUGAAGAUGGUUUCACCCUUGUUAACCUCCAUCAUAGUCAAGCAUCCUUUGCAAGUGAUCUAUACAUUCUAGCAUCUCAAGCAAAGCAAGUCUUUUACUCUAGGGAAGAUGAGUCAUCACAUUGGUAUACUGUUAUGAGAGAUCCUUCGAGAAGAUACAGUAAGGAAGAUAUUCAAGAGGGGACUGCAAACAUUGGGCCAUUACCAUCAAAUAUCGACAUGGAAGUUGACAUUGAUGAGGCAGAGAAUGUCAGAACUGAUUGUGAAGGCAUAUAUGUAAAUUGUUAUGGCCGGUGGAACGAAAAACAAAAGAGGAGGGAAGCCAAAAAAGAAAGAAAAACAAGCAGAUGAUGAUGUUGAGUUCGUGCGUACUUUGGAGACAGGUGAGCAACAUGUGACAGAACCAGAAGAAGGUGAGCAACAUGUGAGAACCACAAGAAGAUGAACAACAUAUGAUAGAACCUGAGACAGAACGAGCUGAUAGUGAGCCUGAAGGUGAGAUCGGACAGUCUACAGUUCCGGAGCCAAAAGAUUCAAACUCCCGUAAGAGAAAGCGUGGACCAACAAUGAUGAAAGACAUAGCUAAAGAUCCAAAUAGCAGAGUUCAUGUAGAUUUCACUUUCAUGGGAGAACCUUACUGAUGCGCCUCAGUCCAUGGAUCAGUACAUGGAACCGGACCAGAUUGGAGAUCAGGCCGAUCAGAACAACUCAGCCGAGGUUCGUCUACCGAGCCGUGCCAACCAGGACGAUCGUGCCGUGUACCACCUAGACCCGCUUACAUCCGGGAUGGAGCUUAGACCAGACCCACGUCCAGACAUCCGAACUGACUAAUCCAGUACGCGUUCUUCCCAGCCAUCUCGACAAGCCAAAGCCAACAGCCGAGCCAGACUUGACUUGGAUCGUGAGGUUUCCCAAAAUGAUCUAGACUUCUCUCUCUUGGUCCAUUUGGUGCGAACCAAGUGUCCUAAAGACCAAACCGAUGGACUAUCUCUCAUGUCUGACACUCUCUUGGAUUUCUAUCAUUCAUAUUUCUCUAAGGCACGAAUCAUCCAGCUUUCUGAAGACUUAGGCCGCAUCAGUACACUGCUUGAUCACCCGGCGGACUGUCCAGACCGUCCCGAGUUCGUCCAGAUCCUUACCGCGACAACUCCAACUUGGCCGAAUGAAUCUGGACAUCAGCCGAAGAAUCACUUUGACCAGAUCUGAUCUGAAGAGUUAUUUGACUGCCUUUCAACAUACCACAAGUAGUAUAAGUAUGUAAACUCUUUCUCAUAAUCAAUGAAUCGAUUUUCCCCUUAA